AUGCAUGAACACCUUGUGGAGACUACGUAUGGCCCUGUAUGUGUUGCCGUUUGUGGAGAUCCAGAUAAACCGGCGCUGGUCACAUAUCCUGACGUAGCUCUAAAUUAUAUGUUCUGUUUUCAAGGAUUAUUGUUUUGUCCAGAAGCCAGUUCCUUGUUGCUCCACAACUUUUGCAUUUAUCACAUCAGUCCUAUUGGCCAUGAGUUGGGAGCUCCAUUGAUUAGUGUUGAUGCUCCUUUGCUCUCAGCUGAUGACUUAGCAGACCAGAUAGUCGAGGUUCUUAACUUUUUCGGUCUCGGUGCAGUAAUGUGUAUGGGUGUCACAGCAGGAGCCUACGUUCUGACCUUAUUUGCUAUGAAGUACAGGCAGAGAGUUCUGGGGUUAAUACUUGUCUCUCCACUGUGCCAAGCGCCUUCUUGGUCAGAAUGGUUGUGCAAUAAGGUUAUGUCUAAUUUACUGUAUUACUAUGGCAUGUGUGGGGUGGUUAAGGAAUUGUUACUAAAACGGUACUUCAGCAAGGAGGUUCGUGGUAAUGCUCAAGUUCCAGAAUCGGAUAUUGUUCAAGAGUGCAGAAGAUUACUUUGUGAGCGGCAGAGUACAAAUGUAUGGAGAUUCCUUGAGGCAAUGAACGGGAGAGUGGAUCUUAGCGAAGGGUUGAGGAAAUUGCAAUGCAGAACUUUAAUAUUCAUUGGUGAAAAUUCUGCGUACCACUCGGAGGCCGUUCACAUGACCACGAAACUAGACAGACGAUACGGCGCAUUAGUCGAGGUGCAGGGAAGUGGGUCGUUGGUGACAGAAGAGCAGCCACAGGCGAUGGUAAUACCAAUGGAAUACUUUUUGAUGGGAUAUGGAUUGUAUCGUCCCACACAGAGCGUAAGCCCGAGAAGUCCUUUGAGCCCAACACGAAUCUCUCCCGAGCUUCUCUCCCCGGAAAACAUGGGUCUGAAGCUUAAGCCUAUUAAGACACGACUCGCCCUAUAGCCCUGCCCUCCUCUGCUGCAAACGUUAUUUUUACAUAUACAUAAUACGCCACAUAAAAUCGCCAUUGUUGGAGUUUGAGCUGCUCUUCUGUUAUGAUUUGAGCUGUAGAUAUAGGCAGAGAUAUUGAUCAUCUAUAUAUAUAGAGAGAGAGGGAGAGAGGAAGAAAAGGGGGAAUGGGGGAAGUGAUUGAUAUACAUGGUAGAAAGAAUACAGAUGUCAUGUUUUUGAUUCUUUAAAGUUGUAUUCGAUGGGUUUUUGUGGUAGCUGUCCUUUGUUCUUGUCUGUAGUCUGUAUAUCCGGUUGAAUAAUUAUUUAAGGAAAAUCCCCGUAAUAUUUUAUAUCAACUCCCGUUCAAUCUUAAGAUUUACGCCCUCGAUUCUGUGUGAAAGCAAACAUUUUACA